AUGGCGGAGCUGCCGCUGCCCGCCGGCCUCAACGCCAGCACCUUCCCCGCCAAGCUGUGGCGCCUGGCGAGCAGCCCCCGCGUCCGCUCCGUGCGCUGGGACAGCCGGGCCCAGGGGCUGCUCAUCGACCGCUCCCUGUUCGAGCGGGAGCUGCUCAGCCCGGGCGGCGCCCACGUGGCGGGCGGUGAAGGGGCGGGGCCGCCUCCGGACUCUUUCCAAGCCACGCACUUCGGCAGCUUCGUGCGCCAGCUCAACCUCUACGGCUUCCAAAAGGUGCCGGGCUGGGUUGGCUCAGCUGUGCCGGGCGAUGCCAGAGGCUGCCUCCACUACAGGAACCCAAACUUUCGCCGCGACCGCCCCGAGCUCCUGCUCCGCAUCCAGCGCCUGACCAGGGCCAACAGGCAGCGGCUGGCGGCGGGGCUGGAGCCCAGCCGCUUCCAGCAGCUCCACACGGACAGGCCGCUGCUCACCUUCUCUGCCGGGCAGCCCCCCAGAGCCGCUCCCUCAUGCCAGAACCUCGCUGCUGCCUCACAUGAGGGUUCAGAGCUGCUUCCAGGCCCUUCCAGGCAAAGUGCAGGUCCUCAGGUGUCUGAGGUUUUCUUAGCAUCUCACAAGAAAGUGUUUGCCACAUCUGGACUUCAUGGGAUUUCAACAGAGGAACCAGGCACGUGCAAAUUUCAAGUCCAGCCUGAACUCAUCAUUCCCCUGGUUCGCAUGGACCUUAAGUGCUACCCUGAGCUCACUGUUCCACCAGUUCCCGUAAACCAUGACAGCACUUCUGUGGCCUCUCCAGAGAGCAGCAGCAGCAAAUCUUCAGAGCAGCACACCCCAGUCAAUGACCCAUCAGCCACUCCAGGCACUUCAGCUCCCAGUGCUCCAGCUGGCUAUGCUGGUUAUGCACCAUGGACAGCCCCCAGGUGGCUCUGGUAUACUCCUGGGGAAGAGGAAUUGCCACCACUGGAUCUGGACCUGGUGCUUGAGACACUGGAGGAGAUGCUUUCGACUUCCCCGUCUGCAAGGUCUCCCUCUGCUCAGGACACUGUUGCCCCUGAGUGCUCAGGAGGGGAGCCUGUGAACAAGGCUGCAGCAGGGGGAGUUUUGCCUGGCACUGAAAACUGCAGGAACAGUUCCCAGGAACCCAAGGAGCUUGAUAUCCAUCUGAUCUACCUUGCUAGGAGGGCUGCCCUGCGUGCCAAAGAGAGACCGAGGGAGAGCCUGUGAUCAUUGGGCAGGUGGAAUCCCUCUGUUUAUAGAUAUAUUUAGAGAUUUCUGUAGUUAUAUUUAUAUAUUCAUAUAGUUACUUUUAUAGAUUGCUAGAGUUAUGUUUAUAUGUGCCUAUAUUUUUGCAUCAAUAUAGUUACAUAUAUAGUUAUAGAUGUGA